AUGCCGGAGCAAAUGAAUGAUUCAAGCUAUUUCAUACCACCGGAGCUCGUAAUCGACAUAUUCUUGAGAUUACCAGUCAAAACACUAAUUCGAUGUACCUCUGUUUGUAAAUCAUGGUACGCUCUUAUUAGAAACCCUAAUUUCGUCGCUUUACAUUUCAAUUCAAAUGGCAAUUAUCGUCCAGAGUGUCGCGAUAAUGGAUAUGUUCUAUUGGGAUGCACUAAUUUCUGCCAUAUAGUUUGCGAUAGAAGUUUUAAAUCGCUCUACGCUGUUGAAACCCCUUUCGCUAUUGGACCUAAUCGAAAAUCAUCGUUAAACUUCAUCGGUUCGUGUAACGGAUUGCUAUGCUUAGCACCUGGAUUGGAGUAUAAUUUGGGGAACGAUGUGUAUAUCUGGAAUCCAUCAAUCAGAAGCCAUAAAAAGCUUCCACCAUCACAAUUUUCCGAUGAGUUCACCGACGAAAGGUGGAUGGUUUCUCGUUUGGGAUUCGGGUUUCAUGAAUCGACAAACGACUACAAAGUUAUCAGACUGAUUUACUUUCCAGAGUGCCGUAAUUUCACCUCUGUGGAUGCCGCACCUUUGGUUGAAGUUUACAGUUUGAAAACAGAUUCAUGGAGGAUAAUUCGCACUGAAGUUCCACCCAUUGUUACUCAAAGUGUAGUGACAUUUCACAAGGGUUUUUUUUACUGGAUGGGUUUCAAGAGCAUUCGUGAUGAUCCAAUGGAGAAUUACAUCAUGUCAUUUGAUCUUGACAAUGAGAAAUUCAAAGAGAUUGAACAGCCUUCUGUUGAUUUUCCAUUUUCUCUUUUGUCAGUGAGGGGAUCAUCUGGUUCUUUAUUUGCUAUCUACUCAAAGUUCUUUGGUGGACAAAAUGACAUCUUGGUGUUAUGGAAGAUGAAUGAAUAUAGCAAAAGUUGGACAAAAGCGUACACAAUUCAGUGUAACAGAGCCUGGAAACUCAAGUUCAUGAUCUUGGAAUCUCUUUUAGUCGAUCUGCAGUUGAUAUUAAUUAUAUGGAAAGUCUUCUGUUAUUUGAUCAUUAAUGUCAUGUUAUUCGAGGACACAGUUGUUUAA